CGUGGCCGCCAGAUGUCGCGCGCACGCCACAGACGCGCCUCGGUGUCACGUUCCACCGCGAAUCCAGCAGGAACACACCGAACCGCGCAGGAACCGCAUAAUCAAUCAUAAUCAAUCAUAAUCAAUAACUGUGCGCGAGCUCUGAUCAUCUGCUCGGAUCGACACGUCAGUAUGAGCGGAUCCAGCACACUCGGGCGUCCAGCUCCUAAAGACGCGUCUGGUUUUCUCCGAACGGAACGCUAAUUAUCGGCUCGUUACAUGUUGGCGUUUCCCGGUGUAGCAUCGCGGGUUCAAGCAAAGAAAAAACGCCGAGAGUAUAAAAAUACACAUCUAGUCAGACGCAUCUCGUCCCCGUGUUAAACGCUUAAAGCGCUUCGUGUUCAACCGGGGAAAACGGGAAACUGCAGCAAGAAUAAAGCAGCGAGAGCGCGAGGAAACCGGAGAGGAGGGGCGCGUGUGCGCGUGCGUUUCCUCUCCGCCGCAAGAAUCCAUAGAGAGAGAGAGAGAGAGAGAGAAGAAAGGAAAGCAAAGCAAAGCAGCAGCAGCUCCACGCCACUCCUUUGUUUUAGGAAUCUCUUGAAUCUGUCGAAGGACUGGAAUGAUGCAUCGCGUUUCUCUCGCCGUUUUCUGCGACGCCUGUUUUUAAAGGCGAACUUGACGGUUUUGUGUUUUAUUUGGUGGAAGAGCGUUUGAGAUCCGAGACCUUCAGACGCAUUACGCGUUUCCUUCGCGUUCGUCCUCCACGCGCUACACUCGGUCUCCCACCGUUUUCCGUUCCGCUCCGAAGCUCGUUUGUGUUUCUGCUCGGGUUCGAGUCUGUUGUUCGCGCCCAGGCCUCAGAUACUCGCUACUCUUCAAAGGCCUUUAUGCGGCACGCGCGCGUCACAUUGUAACGGGUUUCCACGCGUCAGACGAGCGUCGGUUCUGAUCCUCUGCAGAACUCCUCGUCUUCGUUAUUCGCUCUUCAUACGCAACAUCUGCGGCCCUCUUCAAUGUUAAUGUCGACCGACGUCGCAUCUGUGAUGCUGCCCGUGAGCCACGGGAUCCUGGAGCACGACCGGGAUCUGGACUCCGGUUCGGCGGCGGCUCGGGGGAUGAAGCGCGGGGAUCCGGAGCCGGAGGGCGGCUUGGCGGCGGGGGAGUCCGACGGGGCUGAAUGCAAACGAGCGCGGAUGGACGGUACCGAGGACACCGGACAGGGUUCACAGGACACGAUGGGAGCUGUGGAGGGUGUCGGGGCUCCGUUCUCCUCCUUCCCUCCUCCUCCACCUCCUCCUCCUCAGAACGGCCUGGCGCUGGAGUUUGGGGGCCAAACGGAGGCCCCUGCAGGGGUCAGCAGCACCCCCUCCUCUAACCCCAGCGCUCAAAUGUCAGACAGCUCUACUCAGGCAGAACUUCAGAUGGUUGCUUACAAUCCUUCGGUCAGCAGUGAUUCCUCCGAGGCUAAAGGGACCCCGAAGCGGCUCCAUGUUUCCAACAUCCCCUUCCGCUUCAGAGACCCAGACCUGCGGCAGAUGUUCGGGCAAUUUGGAAAGAUUCUGGAUGUGGAGAUCAUUUUCAAUGAGAGGGGCUCAAAGGGUUUUGGUUUUGUGACGUUUGAGACCAGUGCAGAUGCAGAGAAAGCACGAGAGCGUCUCCACGGGACCAUCGUGGAGGGACGGAAGAUCGAGGUCAACAACGCUACGGCUCGAGUGAUGACCAAUAAGAAGAUGGUUAGCCCGUAUGCUAACGGAGAAGGCCUCAGCGCGCUGCCCUACGCGGGGUGGAAGUUGAGUCCUAUGAUGAGUGCGAUGUACACACCGGAGCUCUACGCAGUUCCAGGGUUUCCGUAUCCCACCAGCGCCGCCGCAGCAGCCGCAGCAUCCACCGCUGCGACCCUCAGAGGAGCGCAUCACCUGCGGGGUCGAGGCCGGCCUGUGUACGGAGCGGUGCGCGCCGCGGUCCCUCAGACGGCCAUACAGGCCUACCCUGGAAUAGUGUUUCAGGACACUCUGGUUAGUAGCAGAAUGCCUCAGAGCGGCUACACUGCGUAUCGUUACUCUCAGCCGACGGCGGUAGCGAGUCCAACAGCAGCGGCAGCAGCGGCGGCGGCAGCCUACAGCGACAGCUACGGUCGCAUGUACGCAGCAGAUCCGUACGCGGCUGCGCUAGCGGCUUCUCCAGCGGCGGCGGCGGCAGCAGCGUAUGGAGUCGGUGCGAUGGCCACUCUCUACAGAGGAGGAUACAGCCGCUUCUCACCAUAUUAAUACACUUCCAGAUUCACCGUCUCUCUGAACUUUCAACAGCUGCUGACCUCGGAGGGAAAAAUCCAAUCACACUCUUGGACAAAAAAAAAAAAGGAAAAAAAGUGAAAUGCGUCUGUUACGAACGAACAUUGAAUAAGGAAUGCAACCAGUACAUCCGAGAAGGUGGAUUUUUUUUGUUUUGUUUUUGUUUUUUUUAAAGGAAACUUGACGACGUCAAACACUAAAUGAAAACAGAUCUCUGACUGAGAAGCGAAUCAUUUCUUCCUCUGGCUCGUCUCUCUGCACAUAUGCAUGCAGUAACGGCUCUAGACUGCCUCUAGUGGCCAUUGAACUACAUGUGCACCGAGCGUCAGGACUGCAGUGAACACAUUUACGUCACCCUUCACUGUCUCACACUACAAUAAUCAUCAAUAUUCUUUAAGAAAUAUAGACCUUCGUCCGGACCGCUCUUAUCUCCGUUUUAAGGAUCAUCUUGAAAUUGGUGGAUCCCAUCAGCUCUGUAAGAGAGGACGAUGCUAUGAUCCCAAAUACAGCCACGUGAUGAGAGACUUCCACCGUGGUCUUCCUCUCUCUGGAAAGAUCAUGGAUGAAAGAAACUCCAGCAGCUGUAACGAUCACUGAAGCGUGACGCACACAACGGGACGACGUGUCAUAAUCAUCCGUCUUGCUGAAAGCUUUGUGUUCUUUAAACUGUACCUCUGUUCAGACCAAUUUCAAGAAGCGUACCUUUAAAAUUAAAUAGUCAUUAUAUGCAAGUAAACUAGAAUAGACACAAAAUUUUACCAAACAUUAUUGUUGUUAUUAUUAUUGUUAUUAUUAUUGUUAUUAUUGAUUAUUAUCGUCAUUAGUUUCUCAUGGUUGUGUGUUGGACAUCAUCUGAACCCACACUGAUAAACAAAGGCAUAAUGACUAAAGCAAGUAUCUAAAUUAUGCUACAAAAUAUUUACAACUUUUUUUUCCUUCAGAUUUUGGGAUUGAAGAGCCCUUCUUUUGGAAUUUCGACAAGCUCUUUUAUUAGCGUAGUUUUGUAAAAUAUGCAACUUUUCGGCCCAAUUUCAGAAAAGUGGAUCAAAAGAGGUUUGUUGAUUUUUAAAGCAGCAGCACACAGUAUUUUUGUCUUUCCUGCGGAGUGUGUCCUCUUUUCUUCAGUAUAUUGGUAUUUUGCUUUUUGAAUUUUGGUUCCAAAGAAAAGUCAAGCAUGUUCUUGAUUUGUGUGUAAACGUAUUUGUAAUUCUAUUCUUUGGUUUAUUUUUGUUUUGAUUUACAUGAAUAGGUUUUUGAUAUUGUUUGAAGUGGUUUGUUAAUUAUUUCAAAACAGCUGGACAUGGAUGGCAGCGUCCUCCUCCUGCGAUCCAAGACCGCUCUCCGUAUCUGUGAAAGAAAACACACCUGCAUUUCAAGGGUUUUUUGUUUAGGUUUUUUUUUGCUAGACAUCAUGUCGAUUCUAGGUGUAAGUGUAUCUGGACCCAGGACUGAAACAUUUGACCAUUUUAGAGUUUCAGAAUAAUGUGAGGAUGAGGGCCGUGUUUCAUUGACACUAAGAUACUGUCCUAAAGACAAACUGACCACAGUCUGAACACUAAACCAGACAGCUUUAUCUUAUUAGUUUUUUGUUUAAAUGGUACUUGCAGUCUAUGCAUACACUUUCCACAGUAUUAUAAGAGAUUGAAGUGAUCUCAGCUCCUAAAUUCUGACCUUCUGGCUUUUAAAGAUGCUUUUGGAGAAGAUUGGCUGGUUUCUCUCUUUCUGUUUCUCCUGCAGCAGGUGAUCUUCUCCGUGCCGUUCUGGAUCAAUGGGAGCUCUUUGCUAUGAUUAAACUGAUUUCUGGCAUGACGCUCGUCUUCUGAUGAGGGAGUGAGAAGGUUAAAAUCCCCUCCAUUCCUACAGUAAAGGGUUAAAGAUGGCGUCUCUUUUAUUCUCCAUUCUUGCACCUUAUGAAUAUGAUACCUGUUCCACAUACUCUCCUUUGGUUUCCAGUGUAACCGUGUUUUUGAGUUCAACUCUUUCUCUCUCUACAUAUUCUGAUUCCAUUUGUGAUGUAUUUUGUAUCUAAAUGUCCAUAUAAAAUGUUUUUUUAAAACA